AUGUCGUCUUUCUCCCUUCUUCAUUUCUUGGGAAGAGAAAGUGGGAGGUUGCUGAUAAAUCUUCUCAGCAUUCGUGCAGCUAAGGGACGUGAGCCAGUGGAUAGAUUGUAUCGCUUAAGGUUCUCAUCAGGACGCUCAUUGGCUUGUGCUUAUGUGAUGCCAGAUAAACAGCUUAACAUGCAAAAACAGUGGUUACUGAAGCCAGUCAAUGGUCAACAAGAAAGCUACCCUUCAUAUGAUGGAUUUGUGUUUCCUCCUAAGUUUUUCCUGGAUAUGUUGCCUUUUGGAGUGCAAGGACCUGAUAAGCCUCUUCUAUUGACUGAACAUAACGAGGGUAAUAAAAUAGACAAUUUUGUUGGUACUGGUGAACAUUUAAAUGUUGUGCAAGGUUCAGUUAAUGAAAUUGAAGGUGGUGGAGGGGUAAAAGAAACUUCACACAAGCGGAUAAAAUGGACAGAUGAUAUGGUAAAGCUUCUGAUUACUGCUCUUUCCUACACUGGAGAGGAUGAUGUUGCAGUUCAGCGUUUUAGAUUUGUGAGUUGCCCAAAGGCAGGCAAGUGGAGAGCUAUCUCAAACGUCAUGGUACAAAGAGGUUAUCAUGUAACACCACAUCAAUGUGAGGAUAAAUUCUAUGAUUUGAGCAAAAAAUACAGAAGGCUGAAUGAUUUACUAGGCAGAGGUACAGCUUGUAAGGUUGUAGAGAACCCGAAGCUUAUGAACUCAAUGGAUCUGUCUAAUGAAGUAGUGGCAGAAGUCAUGAAGAUUCUAAGUAGCAAACAGUUGUUCUUUAAAGAAAUGUGCUCAUAUUAUAAUGGGAAUCGGUUUUUUCUUCCUCAUGAUCAGUCUCUCCAACAUUUAGUUAAAGUGGCUCUUAAAGCUAAAGGCAAGCUCUCUCAAUAUGUGAGUCAUGAGCUGCCUGCAAAAAGAAUGAGAGAGCUUGAAGAUAUUGGAGUUUCAGGUUUCAGGAGUGCUUCUGAUUGCAAUAGAAAAUCAGCAUAUCAUCUAUCAAACAAGCAGACUGAUCCGAUUUCUCUUACGAACGAGGGUGGUGAGGGAGACCGGUCUCAGGAUGAUUGGAUGACAUCUCGCUUACUGCACUUGGAGGAGCAGAAAUUGCAAAUACAGGAGCAGAGACUCGAUCUGGAGAAGUUUCUCAGGGACACCCAACAACAGGACUUGAAGUUGGAAAAGAUGAGGCUGGAAAAUCAGGUUAUGAGGCUUGAGAAUCAACGGUUGGCUGUUAAACUGAAAUACUGGAAAAGAGGUCCUGAUUGA